ACAACCCAACAAAUAAAAGGGCAUGUCGUGACUGUCCUCAGUAUCAGACAUCGCAACUGCAAAGAUGGCAUUUGCUCUUCACUCGUUGUUCCUCCUUUGCGGGAUCAGUGGACUCUUGACUGGAGUCUGGGCUUUCCCUUCAAAAAAAUCCAACGACCUUUUCUGUCCUAAAGGCUGGACUCUGUUGGACUGCAACUGUUACGUUUAUCAAACCGAAGAAAGGACCUUUGCAGAUGCAGAGGCUGUCUGCAACAUUCUUGGUGGGAAUCUGGUGUCCAUCCACAGUGACCUGGAAAAUGCCGUUGUUCAGCAACUGAUUGUCGCUGGUACUCCGGAUGAUCCUGAUGAAGAGGCCUGGGUUGGACUUCAUGAUUCAGUUCUGGAUGGUGAUUUCAUGUGGACUGAUGGCACCAUUGUGGAUUUCCUUAACUUUGAUACUGACCAACCCGAUCCUACUGGUGACGUCUGUGUACUGAUGGAUGAAACAGAUGGAGAGUGGCGAACUGAAAGUUGUACAGAGUUACAUGAAUAUGUUUGCAUCAAGGAAGCGCACCGUGUCUUCCACUAAUCGCUCAUCUUACUUCAGUCACAAUGAAGCUCAUCAUCACAAUGAUGACUCAAUGAGUGAAUAUCAGACUUUCAUGGUGUCUUUGUAUUCUUGGGUUUACUAUCAAUUUUCCUUUUCUUCCCGAUUCCACAAUUGUUCCUGACAACCAAUUUGUAACGUCAAAGAGCAUCUCUCCAGCAAAUGAAGGAAUCUGUCUGCAUCAAAAUA